AUGUCAGAGAAGCCAGAUUUAACGGCUGAUUUUUUUAAAAGUGCUCAAGUUAUUACAGCUCAAGCUUGUGGAAUAUCUCAUCGUACUGUAAAACGGAUUUGUGCUGAAGCAAGAAGCAAUGUUAAUCCAGAAUUACCAGAUGCGAGUCCUACGUUUAUUUCUCCGCGUAAAGGAUACAAACGCGCAAAAACUGUUUCAGAGCUUGAUGAUUUUGAUUCCGAUAUUGUGAGAAGGACUAUUUACGAGUUUUAUGACCGGGGUGAGUACCCAACUGCUCAAUUAAUACUCAAUGUUGUAAAAAAAAAAACAAAUUAUACCGGGUGCGUUCGAUCGAUGCAAAGGCUCCUCAAAAAUUUAAAAUUUAGUUACAAAAAAUGCAACGAUGGUCGUUUGUUUUUAAUGGAGAGGAACGAUAUUGUCGCACUUCGGUGUAAAUUUCUGAGGCAAAUAUGUAUGCUGCGAGAAAAUAAAGACGAUCGGCCUGUUGUAUACCUCGAUGAAACGUGGGUAAACCAAAACCAUUCACGCACGCUUAUUUGGCAAAAUGAACACAAUUCGAUGGGUCUAAAGGUACGGACUGGUAAAGGAGGUCGACUUAUUGUAUGUCACGCAGGAUGUGCUCGCUACGGGUUCAUUGAAGGGUCGAAAUUGGUAUUUCGUAGUAACAGCGGAAAUACAAUCGAUUGCCACGACCAAAUGAAUGGUGAAGUGUUCAAACAGUGGUUUAUUCAAUUGUUGAGUAACCUUAAAGAGCCAUCCGUUAUCGUAAUGGACAAUGUGCCAUACCAUUCUACCCUCAAAGAAUCAUACCCUAAAAGUAAUUGGAGAAAAGCCGACAUCCAACAAUGGUUGAAGGGUAAAAACGUUGAAUUUCAUCCAUUAGAAACACUACCAGAACUUCGUCAAAAAGUUAAGAACCUAAUGCCACGAGAAAAAAAAUACGAGCUGGAUGAAAUCGCGUUGGAAAAGGGUCAUGAGGUAAUCCGUCUACCACCUUAUCAUUGUAAAUAUAACCCGAUAGAGUUAAUUUGGGCUCAGGUAAAGGGUGAAGUGGCAAAAAAAAACAACACGUUCAAAAUGGUUGACAUUGAACGUCUAACACAUGAGGCAUUAGAUGCAGUGACUGUAGAUGAUUGGAAGAAAUGCGUCCGACAUGCGGAAGAAAUUCAAAUUGAAGACAACAAAAAAGAAAUUAUGCGGGACACCAUGAUUGAACCAAUAAUUCUUACCAUACUUCCGGAUGACAGUGACUGGAGUGACGACGACGAUCAAGAUGAUGACGAAGGAAACAGAGAAUAA